UUAUUUGUCAAAAGUAAGUAUCAUUUCAUUCAUUCAUUUCAUGUCAACCAGCCAAACUAACAACUUCGAUAAAAUUUUGAAAACGAGGUUGGCGUGAAUACAAGCAGCUGGGUCGUCAAAGAACACUUGGGCUGCAUGUGGAAAUUAUUUUCAAAAGAAUAUACUUUCUUUGAAUUUAUUGCGAGGUGUUAAUCAUGGCAGCUACCCCGACCCUGGAUCCUCAGCACCUCAAUCGCAUAACCAGAUACAUCCACACUGGGAUGGAGCUACCUAAAUACUUCCCUGGAUGCUGGACAACACACAAGUACUUUGAAGCAGACAAACUGAAAGCAAUUGAUGAGGCCUUACAAGCUGACAAGGAAAAUGUAGAAAUUGUCAACCUUAUUGUAAAGGCCUACAAGGAUGGCUGGUACACUCGCUAUGAGACUAUAGCAUUUGCUCUCACUAAAUGCCUGAUGCUUGGAGGAGAGCUGGUGAAGGAGGCUGGGUACAAGGCAGCGGCGGAGGUGUGCACCACUCCGGAACAACUCAUGCUCUUCAACAAGUUUACUAGGCUUUUAAAAACAGGCAAUGGCCAAGGAUGGUGUAAGAGUGUGAGGAACUGGUACUGCACUAAGGACCCCAUGGAGCUGGCUCAGGAGGUGACGCGGGUGCGCGCGCGCCACGGCCGCUCGCACAAGACCCUCAUCAGGAAGUCCCAUCUCAAAGUCGAGGAGAAUGAUAAUGCUCGCCACGCGGUGGUGAAAUACGCGUUGUUCGGGCUGAAGCGGGCUAAACAGCUGAUGGCCAAUAAGGAGGGUACUCAGGCAGUGUUCGAGUACAUCCAGCGCGUGGAGGACAUGCGCCACUGCGAGGACCCGGCCGCCGCCGCCGCCAUCGCCGCCGAGAACCAGUUCACGCUCGACCACGUGCCUGGACAUCUGCUCACCUCGCAGGAAGUAUGGAACGCAGUGCUCCCCCAACUGAGCUUGGGCGAGCUGCUGGGGAACAUCCAGCGCAUCCACAACAUGGGGUUCCUGGCGGCCGACUCCGCCACCACGGCCGUGCUGCUGUCGCUGCUCAACAACAAUGACGUCGUCAACAAGUCUAAGGUCACCCCGCUCGAGGUCUACAUCACCAUCGCUAACUACAAGAAGAAGUGCCGCCCAAUGAAACACGAGAAGGCUAAAGUGUCGCUGGAGAAGGAGCAGCGGCGGCGCUCGCGGCAGGUGUUCGACAGCAGCACGGGGCUGUGGCAGUGGACCGCCACGCGCCGCCACGCCAAGGAGGCCAAGUACUGGGGUAUCGACCAGCCGCCGAACCAGGCCGUGCUGAUGGCGCUGAGCAAGCUGAUCGACCAGACCUGGCUGCUGACGCCGCCCACCGGCGCGCGCUACCUCAUCACGCUCGACAUGAGACACCACAUGUUUAAAGGUCGGCACUUCUGCAAGAGCUUCACAGUGCCCAACGCCAAGAAGGGCAAGAAGGCGGUGAACGGCGCGGCGGUGGCGGCGGCGGCGGCGGCGGCGGGCGGCGACGCGGACGCGCCCGAGAAGAAGAGCAAGAAGCAUCUGCUGGCCGAGUGCUUUUACAACAAGCACGUCACGCCUGGACAUGCUGCAAUCAUUGUGGCGCUGCAGCUGCUGAAGCGCGAGAAGCAGGCGACGCUGGCCGUGUUCACGGACGACGGGCUGCAGACUGUGGCGCUCGAGAAGAACUUCACCACCAUCGAGGAGGCAGAGUUCGUGCUGCGAAAAGCGAACCUGGGCAAGGUGCAGCUAGACGCGCCGAUGCGGUGGGCGAUGACGCGCAAGGAGAAGUACGACGUGUUCAUCAACAUGAUCGACCGGCCCACGCGCUACAUGGAGCUGGACGUGGCGGCGCGAGGCGGCCGCGGGCCCGGCGGCCGAUUCGGGCCACCCCCUACGACCGAUGAUAUCCAGGACAGGUGCCCGGUGAGAGCGCUGGAGAGAUACCGCGCGCACGCCAAGAUGCCUAAUGCUAAACUGGUGGUGAUGUCGCUGGCGUCGCACCGCGUGGGCUCGACGGACGGCUCGCACCGCGGCGUGCUGGACGUGGUCGGCAUCGACGAGCACGUGCCCAAGGUCCUCGACGCCUUCGUCAAGGGACAGUUCCAGUAAUAGCCACGGCGAGUCUAGAUAGGCGGUGGAGUGCGUGACGCGUGUGUGAAGUUAGCUGCGGACGAAUGCUGCGCUCUCAUUGGCUAACUGUUUGCAGAUGUGCCACGAGUGAAAUGUUGAUGGUUUACGCAAAGUGCGUCAACUUCCACACAUCUUCUGUCAUUUGUUUCAUCAUAGUGGCCACUAGAGGCACUGUAUUCGUAAGAAUAGUUAAACUAUUUCGUUGACGUAAAUUAUCAUAACUUCACUCGAGGUAGUUAAUAUAUUUUAGCAUCUAACUUCACAUGCGUUGAUCGGUUGAGUGUCUUGAAUGGAUGCCUUAUAAAGUUGUUGACAUCAGUUAAGAGAUGAUGAUUGUGAUCGAUAUUCUAGGGAACGUAAACGUAAACGAGUGAUGUGAUGACUUAAAUAUUUAAACUAUCCAUCACUGGGUAGUUGUUUUGACCUUAUUGAUGUACUUGUUUGUCAUUAUUGUUAUUUUAUUUGUUCGGUCGUAAUGUCUUGUUGUUGUACUAAAGCCCGAGCUAGGUCUCGGCCAUCUUCCAGUUGUAUCUGUGUGUAUUGUAAUUAUAAGCUCGUAGUAGAGAGCUUAGUUCCAGGCAGUAUUACUAUACUGUAGUGCGAAGUUUUCUCACUUUCACAGCAAUAUCUUGAACUGUUUUUGUUUCUAAUAGUAUUAAACUAUAAAUCUUUCGGAAAACCUUUUUUACCUCAGUACUGGAGCAGACUUCAUUUAAUUUGAAUGACUAACUAACGUGUUCCAUACCCAGUUGUGAGUUUUGAUAAAGUAUUUUCAUAAAAUUCUGAAUUUUGAUGAGGCAGAUACUGUCUGAGGGAACAUGCUAUAAUGUAUUGUAUACCAUACUAUAACUUAUUAUUAGAAUAGUGAAGGGAUGUGAUCGCCUCAUGUAGCGUUGUCGGCGCGUGUCUUACAUUAGAUUGUUCAGUAGUAAACUUGUUCCGAUCUCCGUUAUUGUUUUGUUUAUUAUUAAUUUUGCACAAGUUUUUAAGUAAUGUUAACUUUUGAAGAUAUUCUGAUAACGUAGGACAAUAAAAAAUAUAAUUUCUAACGCUUGUCUAACUAAGCAAAUAACUAAUAAUCUCGUGGGAUAACCAUUUGCCAAACUGGUUUAAAAGUCUACAUAAUUAUUUAAGUACAUAACAUUGCAUUUGGUAUAGUUUGACGCUACGUGUAGUUCAUAAUGUUGCUUAGCGUUUGCAUGUUAUUUAAACGAAAUUAAUGUAGGACUAGUUGUUAAGUUUACUAUUUCAAUACUUUUAGCUUGAAAGAAUUAUCAAAGCAGGGUCUUUUUGUCUUUUCUCAAAAUUGGCUUUUGAUGAUAAUAUUUAUGUAUCGUAUUCUGUAAGCGAUCUAAAUGGGGACGAAAAGAAAUAUCUUGGUUUUAUUUAUUAUGUGUAUUAAUAAAAUAAAGCAUUUCAACGUUGUAUAUUUCCCCCCAUUUAUGUUUUCAUGUCAGUACUUUGAAAAUGAAAUCUGUAAGCAUGUGUACAUAACUUAUAUAUUUGUAUGUGACUAUAGUAUGACUAUAAUACCUCGUGUGACUAAAUAAGACAAUGAAUUUACGUGUAUUUGCCAAAGUAUAUUGCAUUUGUGUUAACUAAUAACAAAGUACUGACUGCAAAUGGGAAGCAGAUCCUGAUCUGAAUUUACUUAGUAAGUAAUGGAAACGAAGCAUGCUUCUAGAUCCUGUCAUUGCAGACACAUCGAUUUACUCAAAAUUGUUCCACUGGGAACCUUGCAGCACAGAGUCUAUAUUAGCAUGUUUGAGUAUUUCAUUCAGCUUAGCGAUAGUUGGAGCCGCAGCGAGAUCGGUCAACAGUAAACAUUGAACUGUAGUUGUCGGUAUUUCUAAAUCUGUGAUCACUUGGUACUCUCUCGGGUUUAAGUAAAUUGUAAAACAAUGUGAAAGUGUUCAUGAUUCAAGCUAAAUGCUUUCUCGAAAUUGCGUUUUGCAAUAGUUACGAUGUUGUUAAUUUAAUAUUUCGUUUACGAUUAUAUGGUCUGUUAGUAUUGCCGAAUCGGAAGAUUUUAUACUCCUGUUAUUUAAUCAUGCUUUUCUGCGGUUGGACUAAGUUUUGAGCAGUUUAUUUAAAUAUUUUGUUUGUAAAACUAACACAGUUGUUCAUUAAUUUCCAAAUUGAUUCAAUCCUUUUUUAGACAACUGUGACUAGUCAGGUAUCAAAAAAAUAAAUUCUGUGAUGUAAAAUGUGUUUUGGAAACUAAUCUUGAAGAUAUUAUUGGACGGGUUGUUUUCAUUUGAAAUCUCAAACGUAUCAUAAAGUUUUAUAGGAAACUUAGCCAAUGUUAGUGUUCUACUGUUCGUAAAACCUUGUAUCAAUAGCAAUACGUAAAAGGUGUUUUGAAACCAUACAUUAUAAAUGUAUUUUUUUACAGUUUGUGAAAUUUAUUGCGCUUUUUGGAAAACAAGUUUGCUUGUGCAUUUUAUGUCUGCCUAUUUAAAUCGUUCAGGAAAUUAAAAAUGUGAAUUUAGAAUCAAGACUACCUUUUUGUGUAGGCUGAUACUGUUUUUAGGUGCAUAAAGUAAAUCCGUCCCGCUAAAGAAACUGAAUUAUGUUAUGAUGACUUCCUCCCGAUAUCUGUUAGUGUUAAGUUCGUCAUUAUAACCGUUUAUUCAUCACCAGCAUAUCAAAGCACCGUAUGAAGUAUCGUAAUAAGUAAUAAAUGUACUUGCAUGUUUGUUUCACGUUUAAUAAACUCUUUUAGUAUAAAA